AUGUCUCAAUUAACAGGGUCUUGUCUCUGUAAGAAAAUCACUUACCAGAUCAAUCUCCCCACCUCAAAUCUGCCCAAGCGAAACACCGGCUCCGGUUUCUCAGCAAAUAUCGUCGUGCCCAAGUCCAGCAUGCAGUACACCCAAGGCUCCCCCAAGCUGUUCCUGGACCGUGGCGACUUGGGGGGAGAAGUCGGGCGCGAGUUCUGUCCCGACUGCGGCACGCCCUUGACGUCGCUGCCGAGCGAUGAUCCUGAGUGUGUUGUCGUCAAGUCUGGCACGUUGGAUGAUCAAGACCGCGAGAGAUGUACAGAGCUGAGGUUGGAGAUCUAUCACCAUCGGAAGGACAAAUGGGUGGACAGUAUUGGGCAUGAGGAUGUCAAGAAGCUGAACGGGAGUAUGCAGUAACUAUAUGAUUACUAGAAGGAAGACUAUAGGUUUAGUAGAGCCAUUAGUAAACAGAGAUACCAAAUCAUCUCUCUACUCUAAUAAUCCGCCUAACUACUCAGCUUAACUGGUUAAUUAUUUAGAGCCAGUUAAUAUGUAGUUACUACAUAGUCAAAGGCCACCAUAUAGAAG